AGCCGGCGGUGAUGAUGUUACAGUGACAGGAGUACGCCAGUGAUGAUGAUGAUGACUAUCAUUAGAGAUCACACAAAGCCUGUGUGCAGCAGCAGCUGCGGCCCUGCCUCUUCCUGCUCCUCCUCCCCUACACGCGGCGGCGCUGCACACACACUGGCUGCUGCGUUGGUCUCUGCUGCUGUCAGGCUGUGUGCUGCUGCUGUCAGACGGAGCCGCGGCCGGGGAGCGGUGACUGAGCUGCGGGUCCUCCUCCUCCUGUAACACAGCGGCGGCUUCAUACCCUGCACCAUGGCCGAGCAGCAGACCGCAGCGCAGCUGGAAGCGGAUCGCCUGGAUCCGAUGGAUGAUGCCGAGCUGGCCCUGGUGGGCAUCAAUAUGCUGCUCAAUAACGGCUUCAGGGAGUCUGAUCAGCUGUUCAAGAAAUACCGGAAUCACAGUCCAUUGAUGAGUUUUGGAGCUAGUUUUGUCAGCUUUUUGAAUGCCAUGAUGACUUUUGAAGAAGAAAAAAUGCAGCUAGCAUGCGAUGACUUGAGAAUGACGGAGAAGUUGUGCGAGAGUGAUGAAGGGGUUAUCGAAACAAUCAAAAAUAAGAUGAAGAAAAAUGUUGACGUUAGGAAGUCUGCGCAGUCUAUGGUUGACCGCCUGCAGAGACAGAUAAUCGUUGCAGACUGCCAAGUUUAUUUAGCAGUGCUUUCUUUUGUUAAGCAGGAGCUGUCAGCUUACAUAAAAGGUGGCUGGAUACUGCGCAGGGCCUGGAAAAUUUACAACAAAUGCUAUGUGGACAUUAACACCCUUCAGGAAAUGUGUCCGAAGAGGGAAAGUCCGGAGUCCUCGCCCUCUGACGCUGCAAAUGAUAAUCACGUUGCUACUGAGGGGGUGACGGAGGAGGCUCUGAACAGACUGAAAGGUGCUGUGAGCUUUGGCUAUGGACUUUUUCACCUUUGCAUAUCCAUGGUGCCCCCAAAUCUGCUCAAAAUCAUCAACUUGCUGGGGUUUCCGGGAGAUCGUCUGCAGGGGCUUUCUUCACUGAUGUAUGCAAGUGAAAGUAAGGACAUGAAGGCCCCUUUAGCUACAUUGGCCCUGUUGUGGUACCACACAGUAGUCCGACCUUUCUUUGCACUGGAUGGAAGUGAUAAUCAAGCAGGAUUAAAAGAAGCAAAAGAGAUUCUCCACAAGAAAGAAUCUGCAUACCCAAACUCCUCUUUAUUCAUGUUCUUCAAGGGAAGAAUACAACGACUAGAGUGUCAAAUAAACAGUGCCUUGACCUCCUUCCAUACUGCUCUGGAGCUUGCAACAGAUCAGAGAGAGAUACAGCACGUUUGUCUGUAUGAAAUUGGUUGGUGCAGCAUGAUUGAAAUGAACUUUAAGGAUGCCUUCCGAUCCUUUGAAAGAUUAAAAAAUGAAUCCAGGUGGUCCCAGUGUUACUAUGCCUAUCUCACAGCAGUGUGUCAGGGUGCCACCGGGGAAGUAGAUGGAGCACAAGAGGUGUUUAAAGAAGUCCAGAAGCUUUUCAAGAGAAAAAACAAUCAGAUUGAACAGUUUUCAGUAAAAAAGGGUGAAAGAUUCAGAAAACAAACACCGACCAAACAGCUGUGUGUCCUGGCUGCCAUUGAGGUACUAUACCUGUGGAAAGCUCUCCCCAACUGUUCUCUCUCCAACCUGCAGCACAUGAGCCAAGCUUGUCAUGAAGUUGUGGAUCCAUCUGUCGUUGGGUUAAGGAAUUUGCUCCUUGGUGCUAUCCAUAAAUGUCUGGGAAAUGCUGAAGAUGCUGUUCAGUUUUUUCAACGCGCUGUGAAAGACGAACAGGGGCGACAACAGAACCUCUACAUCCAGCCGUACGCUUGUUAUGAACUGGGCUGCCUGUUGCUGGACAAUCCAGAGACUGUUGCAAAGGGAAAAGCAUUAUUGUUUCAAGCAAAGGAGGAAUACACGGGCUACGACUUUGAGAACCGAUUACACGUACGAAUCCACGCAGCCUUAGCUUCUCUUAGGGAGGUGGUGCCUAAGUGACUGGGAGAAGGACGUGAUGACUCUUGUAUCCCACACAGCUUUCUGCACUUCAACACACCGCAGUGGAUCAAAAUGGCUGAUUGUGGAUGAUGCGGGUGUGUGUUGGAAAGCCUCCUGUGCCAGAGGCAUCAGACUAUUCACAGUAGCGGCGCAGUUGGACUCCAAUAAAAAUUAGUCCUUUUUAAAAAAAAAAAAAGAAAUCUGGGAACCUGAAACAUGAUCUAAAUAACAUAACAUUACAUAAGCAAAAGACGUUACUACGACGGAAAAAGUUCCUCAGACCUGUGGUAGUGCACUGUAUAGCAUGUUUAUUUUAGCCCUUUUGUCAAUCACGGCCAGAGCGGCAGUCCUGCUUACAUCUGCUGUGGCCAUUUUGUUUUGUAUCAGCCUUUUGCUUUCAGGAGUUCUUAGACCAUAUGAAUUGCAUAAUGGGGGAGAUUCGGUUAAGCCUGAAGUUCCGUCAGAAUGCUUGCACAGUGUGGGUAAUUACAAGGUGAAGACCUCUGGGAUGAGUGCAGAAAUGAGUGAGAUUAUCAUGCUGAGGUGACCUAUGUUGUGUUCGUGCCCAAGGUACUGACUGUAAACUGUGGCUCAUUGAAUUUACCCCCAAUGAGUGUAGAAGGAUUUUUUUCUAUAGCUCAUUAUUAAAUAAGAUAUAAUAGUGCAGUUGCAACUGAAAAGAGUUUGCCCACAUCAGGAACAUUAGGUCAGUAAGUUGGACUGCUGCUUUAAGUUGCCCUUUGAACAUAGUCCGUUUUACUGCGGCUAGGCAUAAGAAAAGCACAUUUAAGACAUUGAUGUACACAGUAGGCUCCUAUAAUAUGUCUGUGCAGCAUUCGGUCUACCACAUCUUAUAGCAGUCCAUUUUAACGGUACAUUGUUUUAAUAACCUAGAAUGUGAUAGGGAAUGACCUUUCUCGUGUGUGUGUAUAUAUAUAUAUAUAUAUAUAUAUAUAUAUAUAUAUAUAUAUAUAUAUAUAUAUAAUGUGUGUGUAUGUAUAUAUAUAUAUAUAUAUAUAUAUAUAUGUAUGUGUGUAUGUAUGUAUAUAUAUAUAUAUAUAUAUAUAUAUGUAUGUGUGUGUAUAUGUAUAUAUAUAUAUAUAUAUAUAUAUAUAUAUAUAUAUAUAUAUAUAUAUAUAUAUAUAGCUAAUGUAUGGAACCCCAACAUUCCUCAGCAGAAUUUCACAGAACAUCCUAUUAAUGUUACUCGUGCAGCCAGGGGGGAAUCCAAGCUUAUUUCUAGGAUUAGUCGCUGACCACACCACAGUUUUUGUACUAGACAUACUUGUACAUGGAUUUUAGUGAAUAAUAAUAUUGCGGCACGCGCUCUUUGGAUUCCGCAAGAUAUGUGUAAAACUAUCCUCUAAUGUGAGAAUUUUUUACACUGACCUGAUAUAAAAAAAUUAAUCUCCCUCAAUAUAAAACAAACCAGCCCUGAAGGGCAGUAAAGGGCAAUACAGUACAGAAACUGUAGCACUUUUGCUCCUGUACAUACUUGAAAAUAUUGUUUUGUUCUAAUUCAGGGAUACUUCCAUUGUUGUCAUUUUAUAGUGCACACCACAUUAUUUGUUUUAUUAUAUAUGCAUAGUGUGCUUUGUCAGUUUAUUUAUUUGUUUUUUAUUUGGCAAAAGAGAAUGGUAAGGAUGGUGAAAGGGGCGUUGAUCUGUUUUGUUUUAAUUGUACUUCUUUUAUAUCAAGUAUCAGUAGUUUCUAUUUAUAAAGUAUUUAUUUGAAAACUUGGUUUUCAGGGUCUCCUAAUAAUUUAAUGUUAAGUCUGCUAAACUAAGGCCUAAUUCAGACCUGAUUCCUGUGCUGCAGAUUUGCACAGGUCUGCGAUCAGAUAGUUGCCGCCCAGGGAGAGUGAAAACCCGCCCCGUGCAAGUGUGCGAAUGCAUGUGUAUGCCGUGCGAAAAUUCCGCCAGACAGCGGGCAGCUGCAAAUCCGUUCGCACCUCACUCACCAAUGGCUGGUUUUUACAUGUGGGUGUGCAGUCUGUGCGUAGCCCAGGACUUACUCCUACAGUGUGAUACAAACAGGAUGAUCGGGUCUGGAGCUGACAUCACACACCCGCCCUGAAACCGCUGGGGAACGCCUGAGUGUUUCCUGAAAACGGACCGUUGCCACCCACAAACGUCCUCUUCCCGUUAAUCACCUUGCAAACACAAUUUUUGCACCAUCCUGUCGCUGCUUUGUGACGCGCCUGCACAUUGCGGUGCAUGCGCAGUCAUUCGAUAAUCGGACGCUGUGCGAUUUCGCACAACAGCAAUCCGGUCUGAAUCGGGCCCCUAGUUCCUGUAAAAUGAUAUAUUAUGAUUUACUUUUACGUUACAUAGAAGUCUUACUGCCAUCCUCUGCAUCUUUAGAUCUGCAUAAAAGCUCUUCUCCAGGGUCUGGCUGGCAUCUUUCAGCCCAAGGGGAUAGUCCACGUAUGUGGGCCAGUCUUUGCCAUCGCCAGAGGGUGAAUGAACAAGUUACUGUACGUUGGGGGGGUGCCCAGGAACUAGAUAUCCUUGUGUCCCACUAUAAACCAUUAACAUCUCCUUUUCAUCCUUCUUAUGUCUUCAAUAUAAUAUACAAUACUCUGAGUGACACUGAUGGUAUAUUACAAGCUAUUACUUAUUGUUCUAUAACUCCACUGAUUUAUCAAACAAGUCUUUGCUAUUUGGCUGCCCCGUUAUUUUUGUUGCCCCUCCUACCCUGUAUAUCCCCUGUAUUUGAGUCUCUUCUUGCCUACAAUAUAUGGUGGCUUGUCUGCAGUGGGGAACCUCUGAAGAAAUCCAUCUUCCCUGUGCAGUGUCUCGCGUCCUUAUUCGCUAGUCAUGUAGGAGACCAGGAGAAACGUCUGAAGUAAAUAGAUUUUAGUGUCCUGGGUGAAGAAUAACUGCUGACGCCCCUUCUUUAUGGGAGUGAUAGUUGCCACUGCUGGAUUGUUUGAGGCUAGCUCAUUACAAGUGCUAGACCUCAUUCUAAUCCCAUACAUCCAUGCAUAAAUCUCCGUGUUCAUUCAUUCCUUUUUAAGGCGGAUUCAAAUCAGCAACUUUUCCGUAGCGGGGUGCAGGAAAAAUUGUGAUGGUCAGAGCACCAUGUACCUGUUUGUGGAAUAUGUGCUCAGCUGGAUUGAAGUCACCUUUGACUGUUUAAUAUAUUGUUAUAGACCAUCAAUAGUACAACAUGUUUAGUAUACAUUUAUGAGCCUGAAAGUCUAGAAUACUGUAAAUGCUUUUUAAUCCUUAAGGAGUCACAUGAAUCUGUUAUGAAGUUGACAUUCCUGUAUAGGCUCUUCUAGAGACGUUUUAAAAUGGGAUUUUGGCUAGAAUUGUAGAAACUUUAUUUUUCUGCAGCAACUGAAAUUGUGGCACACUAAGGAGUAGAUGUAUCAAAGCUUGGAGAAAGAUAAAGUACCAACCAAUCAACUCCUGUCAUUUUUAAAACACAGCUUGUAAAAUGACAGAAGAUGAUUGAUUGGUACUUUAUCUCCUCUCCAAGGGUUUACAUAUGUUAUACCGGUGGAAAGGAUACUGGCUGUCAAUAUCUCGACGGCAGCAUCCCGCCCACCAGAAUGCCGGCAACGGGACGAGCGCUAAGAGUCCCUUUGCGGGCUCAGUGGCACGCUACGCUUGCCACGGGAUCUAUUCCCACUCUAUGGGUGUCGUGGACACCUACGAGUGGGAAUAACCCUGGUGAGCCGGGAUUCCGUCUGUCGGCACUGUCCGCUGUCGGUAUUUUGAUGGGAUCCCCACUUCCGGCAUUUUAACUGCAUCCCUCUUCGUGAGUUGAUACAUCUAUAGCUUUAGAUUCCUUUCCAUUCAUUAUGCCAAACCCACUUUUAUUGUAUCCUGACCAAAAUAUCCAUUUAUUAAAUGGAGUAUUAACAUAAUUGCUAAGUGAUACUGCAAGUCACAUCUGACAGCUUUAAUUCAUACUUCUGUUAUUACCGAUAUGUCUAGUACCUGAUACAUGUGAGAGGUGCGGUCUCCAUUAGAUUGUGCCUGUGAUGAGAGCAAUCAGAGUGUUAGUAUUUAUUAGAAUGGUGCGGUGUGCAUAUAUACUGUAAUACCUAGCAACAGCUCAGAUUCAUUGGGAUGAAUUCCAUUCUAUAAUAUCUGUCUGCGAACAUUAUUGGUAAAGAAUCUUCCAUCAUUGGGGUGCGAGGGAAAACUAGCUAAGAUAAACCUCUAGGGGAUUAUUUCCAGAGGCAUGUCUGAUUGUCCCCUGCUCACUUAUGGUACAUGUAAGCAAUUGCUAAGGGUUACAGCACCUUUCUGCAUAUCACACCAUGUUGUCAAAUAAUUAAAUAUAGUGGUUUCAUACUCUGAGGCAUAGUCUAAUAGCAAUAAAGGGAUACAGUAUAAACUGCAGGUUAAAAUACAUAUUGGCUGUCCAUCACUGGGUAUGUUUGGUUUUAAUUAUUUUCAACUCCUGGUAGAUAGGACUUCAAACAACAUACUGUGGUGUGAUGUUAAUAAAGAACUUCACUUUUAUAUUUCCUCAAAGAAAAUAAAAGGAACUAGAUCUAG